AUGACGAUACUCUUCGGUAGUUACUAUCUCACGCAGGUCUUCAUCCACAACUUGGACGUGAGCGUGCAUCUAGCGCGCUUCCGCACAUACGUGUACCUCCCUGGUUUCAACUCGCUGGCUGCUGUCAGUAACACCCUUGUCAUGAUCGUCACCGUGGAUAGAUGGUGGUCGAUCUGCCACCCGCUGCGCGCCAUCGCCUGGCGGUCGUUCGCAGUCGCGCGCGCCACCGUCGCAGCCGUCUACGUCCUCUGCUUCGCGCUGCACGUGCCCGAGCUGUUCACGUACACCGUCGGCAGGUGGCGCGACCUGGCGACGAACAAGACCUACUACAGCGCCGACUGGAACUCCGACAUCCACAAGACGGGGUUCUACCGCAUCGCCUGGCCCUGGUCAAAGGUCAUCCUCACCAAGCUGCUGCCGAUCGUCGUUGUCAUGGUGAUGAACCCACUCAUCUUCCGCGCGUUCUACGUCGCCGGACGCCGCCGCCGCCAACUCUCCGCAGCGCAGACUGGCUCCGCCGCCGACCUCCGCCAGCAGGCCGAGCAGCGCCACCUGACGGUGCUGCUCAUCACGCUGUCGGUGACGUUCGUCGUCUGCGUGGCUCCCCAGGUGGUGCUGUCGCUCGUCGACCGCAUGGUGCCGCAGCAGCAGCUCAUUACCAACUACGACUUCCAGGUGUUCCGUGACGUCGCGAACUUCCUCGAACUCGUCAACGUCUCCGUCAACUUCUACCUGUACAGCGUCAGCAACGCGAGUUUCCGCCGCGCGCUGUGCGGGCCGGUCGCCGGGGCGUGCCGCGCCGUCUCCCGCCUCCCCUCGCGAGCCUCCACGCGAAGCAGCGAGCUCCGAUGGGCGUCGGGAACCGACGGCGUCUAUGCGAUCACGCUCCCCGCCAUCGCUGCUGCGGCAGAGAAGCGAGGGGCUAGUCCAGUGAGCAGCCAGUCGCAUUCGACGACGAUGAGCGCCCUCUAA